UCGCCGAACAAGGCAAAGGCAGGGCAAGCAGUUCGAGGUGAGGCCGCCGAGCAAGGAAUCGGAAGCAGGGACGGGACGAGGAAAAACCCAACCACCAACCGACCAAGGGCGCCGAGCCGUCGAAGCUUCUGGGCCACGCCGCCACAAAAGGGGAAGGAAGACAAAGCCGUCGCCCCCGAUGCCUCCGCUCCCCACCUCACCCGCCGCCUCCCCUCUCCUCCUCGCCUCCCGCCUCGGCGCCCUCCACGGCCCCGCCCCCCUCCUCUUCCACCACCACCGCCGCGCCGGCGCCGGCGCUUCCUCAGUCCACUUCCUCGCGCCGCGCAGGAAGACCCGCCCGGGCCCGGCGAUGAGCUGGCUGGGUAAGCUGGGCCUGAGCGGGCUGGGCGGCAGCCCGCGCGCGUCGGAGGCGUCGGCGGCGCUGGCGCAGGGCCCCGACGAGGACCAGCCCGCGCCCGGCAACGAGUUCGCGCAGUUCGGCGCCGGCUGCUUCUGGGGCGUGGAGCUCGCGUUCCAGCGCGUCCCGGGGGUCACGCGCACGGAGGUGGGAUACAGCCAGGGGAACCUCCACGAGCCGACCUACGAGGACGUCUGCACCGGCGCCACCAACCACAACGAGGUCGUCCGCGUGCAGUACGACACCACCGCCUGCAAGUUCGACGACCUCCUCGACGUCUUCUGGGCGCGCCACGACCCCACGACGCCCAAUCGCCAGGGCAAUGACGUUGGAACCCAGUAUAGGUCAGGGAUCUACUACUACACCCCGGAGCAGGAGAAGGCGGCGAGAGAAUCCCUGGAGAAGCAGCAGAAGCUUCUGAAUCGGACGAUUGUUACCGAGAUCCUCCCCGCCAAGAGGUUCUACAGGGCAGAAGAGUACCACCAGCAGUACCUCGAGAAGGGAGGCCGCUUCGGGUUCAGGCAGUCUGCAGCCAAGGGCUGCAACGAUCCCAUCCGCUGCUACGGAUGAGCAAAUGGACCACUACGCUGCAUGGUUCGAAUCGUGCAUGAAUAAGGAUGCAUCAGAGCCAGAUGUUAUACAGCUUUUCCUAGCGUUGCUUUGCUACCAUUGAACGGCUGUAUACAUGGUACUUGCAACGAUUCGUGUGUCAGGUUUGAGAACAUAGUCCAUGUGAGUGCAAUGGAAGCUUAAGCAGAUCCUUGUUAAAUUUGUCAAAUUCUGUAAACGCAGAAACGAUGGAGGCCAGAGAUAUAUCGCAGCAAAAUGUCUGCCAGCA